GGAAGAGUUGAAAUCUGGCGCGCGACAAGAUGAAGCAAAGUGGGUCCGCCAAGAAGACGCCGCCAAAGAAGCCCGCAGCCGCGGACUCGAACAGCUCGAAGAAGCAGCAAUCUCUUCUUAGCUUCUUCUCCCCACCACCGAAGAAGACGGGGGCGUCUGUCCCUAGCAGCGGUGACAAGACCUCGUCGACACCAAGGAACGACAAUGCCAUUAUCGACACGCCCAAGAAGGGCAUCACACCAGUGUCCAAAUCCACACCAACCCAGGUGACCCCAAAGCCGAUUGCGACCAAAGCACAAGUUGAAUUCACCCCCAAACAAUCCGCCAAGAAGUUGCAGGAUAAUGGCCUCGACGACUCCAGCGCAGACGACUCGGACGACGACGUGCCCCUCGCCAAGAAGCGCAAGCGUCUGUCCCAAAACACCCCCACGUCAGCAUCAAAGAAGAAAUCCAUCGCCAUUUCCGACGACGAAGACGACGAAGCGGAAUGGAACGACAAGGAUGACGUAAACAUGGAGAGCAGCGACGACGAUGUGAGCCUCGUUGACGAAGACAGCGGCAGCGAGGACGAUACCGUCAAGCGGCGACCUGCCAAAAAGAAAGCCAGCACCCGUGCAUCCUCGUCAUCUCGCGGCAAGAAACCACCCACCCCCACGACAAAGUCGUCAGCCAAAAAGUCCGCGCACGUCACGCCCGACAAAUCCUCCGACCCAUCAUCGUCCGUCGUCGGUGGCGGCGGCGGCAUGGUGCGGCUCCAUGACUCGUGGCCUUGGCUGCAUGCGGAUCGCAGGGACAUUGAAGGCCGCAAGCCCAGCGACCCCGACUACGAUAGUCGGACGUUGCGCGUGCCCGCCGAGUUUCUGCGCAAGGAGACGCCGGCGAUGCAACAAUGGUGGCAGGUCAAGCAAACCAACAUGGACACGGUGCUGUUUUUCAAAGUGGGCAAGUUCUACGAACUGUUCCACAUGGACGCGGACGUCGGGUUCAACGAGCUUGAGCUGAACUACAUGAAGGGCGACAAGGCACACUCUGGAUUUCCAGAGAUCGCGUACGCCAAGUUCUCCGCCACACUCGUGUCCCGCGGGUACCGCGUCGCGCGGGUAGAGCAGACGGAGACGCCCGACAUGAUGAAGAUGCGAGGGUCCAAGUCCAAGGUCGUGUCUCGUGAGAUUUGCUCGCUGCUGACACCCGGCACCAACACAAUCAGCUUCCUGGAUGGAUCGCAAGGGCCGUUUUCAGAGGCGUCGUACUUGUUGACGUUGAAGGAGCAGACGACGACGACGGCUUCGAGUGGGAGGAAGGAGCAACAGGUGGUCGAGUUUGGUGUGUGUCUAGUCGACUGCACGACUGGCGUGUUUCAUGUCGGCCAGUUUACCGACUCGUUACAGCGGGACCGGCUGCGCACGUUGCUGGCCCAGUUUCACGUGGUGGAGAUCGUUGUGGAGCGGCACGGAUUGAGUCUCGAGACCAAAGCCAUCUUGACUCAUGGAGCCAGCGGCGCCAUCAAGAGCGAGCUCAAGGCGGGUACAGAGAUGUGGGACGCUACCAAGACAGUGCGGGAGCUCAAGGCCGCGGGGUACUUUGCCGUCUGGCCCGACGCGUUGACGAAAUGGAUGGACGAGAACGAUCCAAGUAGCGUCGUCGUUCACACGAACGGAUUCCUGGCCAUGUCGGCGCUCGGAGGGUGUGUGUGGAAUCUCCGGCGCAGCUUGAUCGACCAGGAACUGCUCAGCUUGAGCCAGUUUCAAACGUACACGCCGCCCGAUGCUGCUUCUGAUGUAUCCUCGUCCAAACCCACUUUGUUAUCCCAGCAAUACGUGGUAUUGGACGGGCACACGAUCCACAACUUGGAGCUGCUUCGCAACAACUACAACGGCCAACGCACGGGGUCCCUCUUAGCGCAGCUGGACCAGACAGUCACCAACUUCGGCAAGCGAUUGUUUGAAGAGUGGCUGCUCAAGCCACUCUGUGGCGUCAACGCGAUCAACGCCCGACUGGAUGCUGUUGAAGAGCUCGUGCCGCAGCAUUCGCUCGUGGUGGAGCUGCGGACGGUCUUGAAGACCAUGCCCGACCUCGAGCACCAUUUGGCGCGUAUCCAUGCGCUGGGGGUAUUGCGGCCAAACCACCCAGAUUCCCGCGCCAUCAUGUACGAGUCGUCCCAGUACAACGUGCGCAAGAUCAAAAACUUCGUCGCAACCUUGACGGGGUUUCAAGCGAGUGUGCAAAUCGUCCACAGCUUGACACAAGCAAACCAGUGGACGUCCGACAUGCUAACCCGUUGGAUCAGUACGUUUCCAGACUUGAAGGACAAGCUCGCGUACUUUGACAAGGCAUUCGACAAGAAUGUGGCGCUCAAAACAGGCACGAUUCAGCCGCAGGAAGGGAUGGACCCCGAGUACGACGACGCGGUCGCGGACGUGUCGGCGAUUGAGACGGACCUGGACGAGUACUUGGACGCCCAGCGCGCGGCGUUGAAGUGCAAGAGCAUCGUGUACUGGGGAAGCAAAAAAGACGAUCGGUUCCAGCUCGAAGUGCCCGAGUCCGCCGUGGCCGCCAAGCAACCGCCAGAGUACGAACUCAAGUCCAAGAAGAAAGGGUACAAGCGAUUUCACACAAAGUUUAUCCGCGACUGCUUGCAGCGACUCGCGGUGGCGGAAGAGCGGCGCGAGGCCGCGCUCAAGGACACUGCCCGCCGCAUGUUUGCCAACUUUGACAAGUCCUACGCCGACUGGAAGCGCGCCGUGCACCAGUUGGCCGUGCUGGACUGCCUCAUGAGCUUGUCCUUGGUCAGCGGGCAGUCCGAAGGGUACACCCGCCCCGAGCUUGUACAGACCGACCAGCCUUUCCUGGACAUUCAGCAAGGCCGGCAUCCUGCCAUUGCCUCGACCGUGUCGGACUUUAUUCCCAAUGACACCCACCUUGGCAGCGAUCGAGGCUCGAUGAUGUUGUUGUCGGGGCCGAAUAUGGGCGGCAAGUCGACGCUGCUGCGGCAAACGUGCACGCUGGUGCUCAUGGCGCAGAUGGGGUGCUUCGUGCCGGCGGAAUCGUGUCGUCUGAGUCCCGUGGACCGCAUCUUCACCCGCCUUGGCGCGUCCGACCGGAUCUUGGCGGGUCAAAGUACGCUGUUUGUCGAACUCGCAGAGACCGCCACGAUUCUCAACCACGCGACGCAGCAUUCGCUCGUGAUUUUGGAUGAAUUGGGGCGCGGCACGUCCACGUUUGAUGGGACGUCCAUUGCGUACGGCGUCGUGGAGCAUCUGCUCAACACCACGGGAUGCCGCACCAUGUUUGCGACGCACUACCAUUCGCUCGUGGAGGAGUAUGUGGACCAUGCCAAGGUCACCCUCGGCCACAUGGACUGCAUGGUGGACCCGACCAACGAACACAAAGUUGUGUUCUUAUACAAACUCGCCGAUGGGAUUUGUCCCAAGAGUUAUGGGCUGAAUGUGGCAAAGUUGGCGGAUUUGCCCCAGCAAGUGAUUGACGUGGCGGCCGCCAAGUCGCUCCAGUUUGAACAAGUGUUGCAGGAGUCCCAUGCUGCGGUGCAAGUUCGUCAAGCCGUUGCUCGGAAAGACGUGGGGUUUCUGCGGCAACUAUGGGCCCAACUCGCGGCGGAGCCAGCAACGAGCUAGUUGAUAAGUACAAUGUUGUCGUCAUGUGUUUAUGUGACGUGGUUAAUCGUCGUG